AUGAGAACUACCCAUUUGCUUUACCUUCUUUUCUCUGCUGGCAUUCAGCUGCCUAAGACCUAUGCGGCCGAGGUGACAGUGAACCCUUACGUCAACCCCGAAACGAUUGGAACUUUCAACAUCUCCAGUUUGAAUAGCUCUGACCCGCGCUAUUCUGCCUUCCUCACCCGCCAGGAGGCCGAGCGAUUGCCAAAUCGCACAACUCAGGUUCGUCAUGGCUCAGGCCAGCGGAAAAUGAGCAUCGGCCGAGAAAUCGAUUUCACUACCAAGGCCAAUGGCACCGAGCAUGGAAUCGACUCCUUCAUGUAUCACUUUGGUAUUUCCGGUGUCAUGAUUGUCAAAGACGGCGCUAUACGGCUGGAAAGAUACCAGUACGGCAAUGCUCCGUCUUUUAAAAAUGUUGUCCAAUCUGUUACCAAGUCCUUCCUGAGCAUGAUCUUGGGAGUAGCGGUCAAGCAGGGCAAGGUCAAGAUGCAAGACCGGGCGUCGAAAUACAUCCCAGAACUUGCCGGAUUCCCGUUCGGUGCUGUAUCCCUCGAAGCCCUUUCUGACAUGACGUCCGGGCUGGCCGAGCCUACUGGGCCUGACGCUCCGGACCUCUUCGCCGACGUCUACUAUCGCACAAACGUGGACGCCGUACUCGACUACACCAAGAAUUUCACCAAGGUCGCGAACCCAGGCAAGGUGUUCCUAUAUGCGGACAUAAAUUACUACGUCUUGUCUUUCGCUCUUCAGCGAGCUCUCGGGGAACCCAUAGAGGACAUGGUCACCAGGUACAUCUGGGACCCAGCAGGGAUGAAGUACGAUGGGUAUAUGCGAACUACUGCUGCACAUCAGGUCGAUGGUCAUGGAGGCCUCGCUAUUACGCUUCAAGACAUGGCUCGGUUUGGUCUCUUCGUCCUGGACAACCUCAAUGGUGUAGGUGGUCCUAAAGUUCCACGAGGCUGGUUUAACGCCAUUGCUGUCGGUAGCACAAGCACCGGCGUACGUGCCCCUGGCGCUAUUGCAGUGGUUCCGGCCUCGGGAUAUCAGACUGGCUGGUGGACAAUGCCACGCGGAGGGAAGAAGUAUCAGAUUGGCGAUGACGAUGGCUUUGCCGCCCUGGGCACAUAUGACCAGGCCAUAUAUGUCAUCCCUAAAAUGAACAUGACUGUUGUCUUGCAGUCUAGCUUCCCGGUGCAUUACCCAGAUCUGUUCUACUACGGACAGCAGUUUGUAACAUCGGCUAGCUUAGCAUUGAAAAGGAAGCACUAG